CGACGGCAUCCGGUCGAUGCGCUCGACGAACGUGUUCCGUGCGAUCAACUUGAGCUGUACGCGAAACCGAACGCAAUUAUAAUGGGAAUCGGCCUGGUGGCCAUCGGAGUCACCUUCGGCUACAUCGCGUACAUGCGGUCCAAGUACGAGGGUCUGGGCUAUUACACCGCAAUUCAGGAGGACGGAAAGGAGGUGUUUGUAAAAAGAAAGUCAAAGUGGGAAUAAAGUAAUUUUUUAAGGUAGAGAA